GUGAUAGUGAAAUUCAAAAGUCAAAACCCAGCAAGCAGUGAUCUGAGAGAGGAAGAAACAAACAAUGGCGGAAGCAGCGAAAACCAGAGAAGCCCGAAGAAGACGAAGAAUCCUCGAACAAGGUUCCGACCGCAUCGCCUUCAUCACGGGUCGGGUCCAAACCCUUCCCCAACCCAAUUCGGAUCCUCCUCCCGCCGCUUCUUCUUCCUCCACCAUCUCCGACCACCCAAACACCGCCCUCCCUCCGCCUCCUCCUACUGGUUCGUACCCUCAUUCCAACUCUCCCUUGUGUGCAGUUGCGGAACCAGAUGAAGACUCAAUUUCCCUUUUGCAAAAUCUCGAUGCUGCUGUAGAAACCCUAAUCCAAUCACUUCCUACAGUUGAGAACGAAAUUUCAACUGCCCCAUGUUCUGAAAUUGAACCUGAGCUAGUAGAAAAUCCACAAGCAGCACCUCCAGAUUCAUCGUCUCUUGAAAAUUCACAUUACCAAAACCUACAGGAUCAUGAACAGCGUUUCACCAUCAUCCCAAGUGACAUAAGUUCCGCUAUCAAUUCCUCGAGGGGAACCCGGUUUUUCUGCUCCAUUAUUAUGGCCAUGUGGGUUAUUGCAGCUUAUGGGGGUUUGUUCUCAUUGCUGGGUAUCCAUUUGGUUAAGAGUGUUGUGAUAGGCUUUAGGCCAAUCUACAUUGUUCUGCUGACGAAUUGGAGUGUUGUUGCGGCGAGGCUUUUUGCUGGGAGGCAGAGAGGGUUUGGGAGGUUAUCUAGGAGGGGAAGUGAUGAGACUUUAGCUUCUUCUGGUGAUUGGGGUGCUCAGCUUGCUAGGACAUUGGAGAUUGGGUUGUUGCUGCAGAGUGUGUUGGAUGCUGUGUUCAUGGAUUGUGCUGUUUAUGCAAUCGUUCUCGUUUGCGGUCUUUCCCUCCUGCAUACAUGACAAGUAAUACUUUUGUUGAUUUGAACCUUGUCUUGUGUUCUUUUUCCUUUUGUUUGUGCUUUGUGUUUGUGACAUAGCACUCAGCGAGGAUGAUUAGUUUUUGAUAAUUUACUCCCACUAUUGAUUGGCA